UCAUUAUAGCUAUCCAAAAAUCUUUGAUUGAAAUACGAAACUAAACUUUUGUUUACGUUUAAAAAAAUGUUAAAGAAAUCUAAAAAUUCGAAAUUUCCACCUCAACCUUCUCCGCCAACAGUUGAACAAAUUUUGAAAGAUAUGGAAACCUUUCAUGUAGAUUUGAGUGCCGAGACUUUAAAAGGACAAUCGCCCAGUAAUGAUGCGCAGCACCAGGAUUGGUGGAAUCGCUUCGAAAAAGCUGUCGCUGAUCACAAAGACUUGGUAACGCUUAAUCGUGAAAUUCGGAAUUAUCAACUUAAGUUAGAAUCUGCAAAAAUAGAGCUGGAAACUGAAGCUCAGUUGCUUAAGAAUGCUAUUCAGGAACAAAAAGAUAAAAUUGACGAAGUUUUGUUAAAAGGAAGUAGUUGAAAUUAUAAACCAAAUAAAGAAACAUUAAUUAGAGCGUCAUAAAAUUUUUUUUUGUAUAAUUUCUAUAUUGUGUAUCUCACAUUUAUGUAUAUAUCGAGUAUGAAAGAGUAAAAAAACGAUAAUCUGUACAAAAGUAGUAAAAUAAAGUUGCAUAUUUGAAUUCAGCAA